UUUCACCAUCUCUUUAAAAAUGCACCCCACAAAGCCUCCACUCCUCUGCACAACACAAAACACUAUACAAUUAUUUCACAUUUUCAAUUCAAUUGACUUGUCAUGUUUCUUCCUACUGCCUUCAACUAGUUUCAACUCUUCAGAAAACCCUAACUUUUUCCAUUAAUUGAUGCUUUUUAGUUAUGUUAAUAAUCAGACCGACCUAGGGUUUAAGAAAUGAGUUGGAGAAACGCGUUUAAAGAGGUUACCAACUCCAAGCCAUUGUUCUUGACUGUGUACGGUGCUGUCUUGAUUGGGAUUGUCUUCUCUGCUGUUUACGUUUUCUCUGCGGUUUAUUCGCCAGAUUCGGCACUCUCUUGGAGCUUAUCUCAACAUGCGGCACCUUCUUCUCCGAAUCAAACGCUUGCUUCUCCAUCACUAAGAUUGGGUGGUGGUGUAAUGGCGCCUACUUCUCAACCCGAAAUAGGGAAACCGAAGCCUAUAUGGAAAAUACCACCACCAGGUUCGAAGAUGCCUCCGUUGGAGACCUUUCGGUUAACAAAAGAACUGGUUCAAGAACGGGUCAAAGAUAAUGUUAUAGUAGCUACCUUUGGUAACUAUGCCUUCAUGGAUUUUAUCCUCACAUGGGUUAAGCACUUAACAGAUUUAGGCGUUGAGAAUCUUCUUGUCGGUGCGAUGGAUACAAAACUAUUGGAGGCUUUGUAUUGGAAGGGUAUACCGGUUUUUGAUAUGGGAAGUCAUAUGAGUACGAUAGAUGUUGGAUGGGGGUCACAAGCGUUUCAUAAAAUGGGACGGGAAAAAGUCAUUCUCAUUGAUUCAAUGCUACCGUUUGGUUAUGAAUUACUCAUGUGUGAUACCGAUAUGGUUUGGUUAAAGAAUCCACUUCCAUAUCUUGCACGUUAUCCUGAAGCGGAUGUAUUAACAUCAACCGAUCAAGUUACACCAACAGUAACUGAUGAUCGGUUAGACAACUGGCAACAAGUUGGAGGUGCAUAUAAUAUAGGUAUUUUCCACUGGCGGCCAACGGAUUCUGCUAAAAAGCUGGCAAGAGAAUGGAAAGAAAUGCUUUUAGCUGAUGACAAAAUAUGGGACCAGAACGGUUUCAAUGAUCUUGUGCAUAGGCAAUUGGGCCCGUCCGUUGAUGAUGAAAGUGGGCUUGUUUACGCUUAUGAUGGAUCGUUAAAGCUCGGUCUUCUGCCUGCUAGUAUAUUUUGUAGUGGCCAUACUUACUUUGUUCAGGCCAUGUAUCAACAACUCAGAUUGGAGCCGUAUGCUGUACAUACGACAUUUCAAUAUGCAGGAACUGAAGGAAAACGUCACCGGUUACGCGAAGCUAAGGUUUUCUAUGAUCCACCAGAAUAUUAUGAUUCACCUGGAGGCUUCUUGACAUUUAAGCCGUCUAUUCCAAAAAGCUUAUUACUAGAUGGGGAACAUAGUCUUCAAACACAUUUCACUCUUGUUAAUUAUCAAAUAAAGCAGAUAAGGACUGCCCUUGCAAUAGCAUCAAUUUUGAAUCGUACUUUGGUUAUGCCUCCAUUGUGGUGUCGGUUGGAUAGAUUAUGGUUUCCACAUCCUGGAAUUCUCGUAGGGUCAAUGACAAGACAACCGUUCAUCUGUCCUUUGGAUCAUGUAUUUGAGGUGCAUACAAUGUUACAGGCAUUGCCAAUUCAGGAAUUUGGGCCAGGAAUCAAUAUAAGAGAAUAUUCUUUCUUUGACAAUCCAUUAAUGCCUGCACAGGUGAAGGAUUCAUGGCUCGAUGUACAGUUAUGUCAAGAAGGGUCAAAAAACUGCCAGUCAAACGUUACAAACACAGCUGCAGUACUCAGGUUUCCAAGGCAUAGCAAUGAAGAAACGUUGAAAAAAGUUUUCUUGCCGUUGAAGGAUGUAAAAGUCAUCCAGUUUUCGUCGAUGCAAGAUGCCUUUCUUGGAUUCACAGACAAGACAGUGGAAGAAAAAUUCAGGAAGCGUGUGAAGCGAUACGUUGGAAUAUGGUGUUGUGUUGACAAACACGAACCGGGUCACAUAUAUUAUGACAUGUACUGGGAUGAAAAACCCGAUUGGAAGCCUCUCCCUCCCCAAACUCCAGAAGACGAUCACCCGCAUUGGUGAUUGCUUGCAUGCAUACUACAUCAACGGCUGAGAUUUUAUCGACAUACCUGACUCAUAAUCGAGUCCUAACCCUGGUUUAAAUCAGUAGACCUUCUGAUUCAUGUUUAUAUAUAUAGAUACAAAGAGAAAAGGGUCGUGGUUCGAUUACUAGGGUUCGAGUUUGAACAAUAAUGAAUUGACAAAGGUGUAGCUUUGUUUUUCUGUAUAACAUCCAAGAGGGCAAAUGAGAGCAUCUUUUGUUUGAACCAUCUUUUUUAUUA